AUGCUCCUUCUUUUCCUGGUUUCGACAUGGCUCCGCCUAAUCGCUGGGGCACCGCCGCCACCUGAUAGCCUUUGGCAGAUCUCCCCGCCUCUGAACUACAGCGACGUUCUCUACGCAGGAUGGGAACAAAUACCCGUCCAGAAGGAGAUCCAGAUUUACAAUGGAGUUGUCGAAAACCGAACCUACGCUCAUCACCCGGAACUCUUCUCUGUUGGCUCAAGCGUUUUUCUCAUCUACUCUUCAGCUCCGGUUGACGAGGAUAGCAUGGGGCAAGAUGUCUGGAUAUCAACAUCCAACGACAGCGGUCUCUCGUGGAGCACAGGCAAGAGCUUGAUGCCGGCCGCCUUGCUUCCUAACCAGACAGAAGCGUACAAUUGGAAGUACUGGUGCGAUCGCGGGAUUGCGCAGCGAGCGUGGCAGGCUCUUACGUUUGUGCAUCUCUCCGAUGGAUCGCUUUACGCGAUAGGGCAGUCCGGCAGUCGCUGGUGUCCCGGCCGGUGGACGUCGGCUGGCCGCAUUGCGGUUGAGAUCUCGCUUGAUGGAGAGCCUCUUCAGGACCCUUGCUGGAUUGAGAAGAACGAGUGGACUGACUCGGAACUGUACGCGGAAACCGUUUACGGCACGGAAUACGGCAUGAAACACUGCGCCCGCGCUUGUGAGAUCAACUCGAUACUUCGCAGGCCAGAUGAGGCUCCUGCGUGGUCACCGUGGUUGUACAACAACGGCCUCUUCGCCGCUGACGGCAUUCAUCAGAUGGAGGAGCAGACUUUUGCAGUGUGGCAUGACGAUGCAGACUCGCCAACAGGAGGUUACUGGCAGCGCCACUGGCGAGACAUUACCACGGAAGCGAACAAUACCCACUCCGUCUGGGUUGAGUACAACGACGACCCCGAAGGCGACGGCUGGUAUCCAAAAGUGAAGAACAAGACGGGAAACAAGAUUUACCAGACUAACAUCCCGGACGCGAAGACCAAACAAUUUCUCGGGCAGAUAGACACCGGGGACAGAUUCCUUCUGUCGAACCCAAGGUACAACGCUGCCGACCCUCAGCGCCAACCGCUAACGCUUGCGGUGUCUCGAGGAAACGAUCAAAGGUACAAGGCAAUCGGAGUGCUGCGAACCAAUGCGACGAGGGAGAUUGUGCCAGAUACGCGGGACGGGAUUAAGAAUCGGGCAUUCGGGUUCAGCUAUCCCACAGCAGUGCAAGUCGGGGAUAAGCUGAUCAUUGCAUACAGCGAGAACAAGGAGAACAUUUGGGUCAGCGUUGUUGAUGUCAAUGUAUUGCCGCAAGAAGAGCCUGUGAGUUGA